AUAUUUUCAUCCCCCGUUUUCCUCAUUCCUUGUCACAUAUAUUGCAAAUGUUCUGUUUGCGGUAACUUACCAUUUUAUGAAGAUUGUCAGUGAAAUACACAAAUACUUUAUUCAACAGCAAGAGUAUCGAAAAAAAUUAAGUACUAAAAGUUGACAACGCUUAUAAUAAAAGGCCAAUAAAGCUUUACUAAACUGCUCAUCAUUUUGAGAAAUGAACUUGCCGAUAAAAGAACGACAUCGUACAAUAACAAAGAAGAAGGUGGUUAUGCAAUGAAUAACAACAAUCUACAACGAUGGUGGCAAAAUACCUAUCAUCACCAUUUUACACAACAACAAUUAAUCCCUUUAGGUCGUAAUAUUUAUCACAACCCUACACUUGAUCCGGAUCUAGCGUUGGCGUCACCUUUGUCGUUACUAAUAACGACAAGUAAUGAGAGCGGUACAGAGUUGACGACGACGUCAAUUGCAGAAGCUUCAAGCCGUCCGUGGGAAUAUAUAGCUUGGCGUAAUGAAACUUUCGUCAAUCCGUACGAUGUCACAACUGAUCUUAAUAACAUAUCAUCGCUUACUUUGAUGUUUAUGGCUUUCUUAUAUGGCCUAGUAGUGAUAUUCGGUGUCUUAGGUAAUGCCAGUCUGGUCUUAACAUUGUGCUCAGCCCACUCUGUUCGACUUCGAAAUCCUUUAUUACUGGCCGUCUGCUUAGCUGAUUUAUUAGUCACAGGCAUUUCAGCUCCAAUGACGUUACUCAACUUAGCCAUGAAUGGAAAAACUAAUUCAUUAACGUUAGUGAUCUGUAAGAUUAUAAAUUUUGUCCAGCUCAUGCCUGUUGCAGCCAGCACGUUGUCAUUCUUUCUAUUGUCGUUGGAUCGUUACGCUACCGUUAAACAUCCACGCUUAGCUCAGCUGCGUCAACGACGCUACUUACAUCUCUCGUUUGCCUUGUUUUCAUGGCUAACGUCAGCCCUUGUUAGCACGCCAUUUCUAUUUGCCUAUAAGAUCUUUGCCAAAACAAUUGUUAUCAAGCAGACACCAAAGCAAUUAGCAGCUUAUAGAAAUAGCACAUACACUAUAUCGUCAGACCGCCCAAACAUCGGCAUUAGCAAUUGUCAUUCGGAAUGGAAUACCGGUUCAUUGUUUGUCACGUUCAUUAUAUUUCACACACUAAUUGUGUUCGUGCUGCCCGGCUUGGGAGUUUUGCUGAAUCACUACGGUGUGAGGAGGAAAUUGUGUGCACUUUCAUUGACUGCUCGGGCAGCGCAUGGUGAGCUGCCACUUCCAAUGCCCAUAUUACGUCGUCAAACGCAUAUGGUGAUAGUAACGGGAAUUGCCAAUGCUAAACAGACGACAUGUGGUGCCGGCGCGGCAGAUGACACGUCGAAUUGCGUUGAUAUUCAAAUGCAAUCAUUAAAUCCGCAAGUUAUUUUAGGCAAUCGCAACGUAGUCAAGUCAUCGAAUCCUAUAUCUCCGAGAGCUAUGCGUGAAAUACGUAAUCAUUCGCAGCGCCAAAGUAUACAUUACAGUCAGGAAUCUAGACGCGGCGGCCGCGUUGCGGCGCCUGGCAUACCUCUACCUCAGACCUCAACUUUACGGUCCCGUCGACAUUUGGCAAACUUGUUAAUUGCUUCAGCGCUAAUAUUUAUAGCGUGUUGGUCACCGCAUGUUUUUUGCGUAUUUUACAAACACUUAGGCUAUAAAGAAUACUGCUCGAAAACCUCGAUAUACUUCAAUUUAUUACUAGGUUAUAUGUAUUCGGCUAUAAGUCCCAUAAUAUAUUGGGCACUUAAUCAUAAUUCACUGCGACAAUCACCUUGCGCACCAUUCAUACAUUUACGUUCUGUACAAAAAUACUUAAAUAGUCGGUUUCGUUCGCACACUGCACCACCACCACCUUCUUCAACAAAUGAGGCGGCACUUGGUGCUUUUAAUCCAAAACUUAUAAAAUCAACACCGAAGCAAUACAGAGCUCAAGCCUCAUCCCAUUACUUAUAUUAAAGACAUCGAAAUGAAUGAAAGGUUUUUUUCAUUUAAUUAUAUUCCACGCAUUUUCAAGAGCCCGAAUUAUGAAAUUACCGCCCAAUACUCCCAGCGAUUUAUAAUUUCAUUCCUAUUUAUGUUUAAUAACACAAUCUACCUCUUGCUUACGCUUCUUCACGAAAACAAAACUAGGUUUUACCACUCAUUAAAAUAUCCACUAUCGAUGGCUCUUACAAGUGAAUGUUAGCUACAAUAAAAAUGAAAUCGAUUAAUUUUAAUAACAAUUUAUGUUAAUUUGUACAAAAGAAGCUUUGAAUUUUUAACGCACUUUUAAAUAUACAUGCAUAUGUAUGGUCUGCCAACUUCAACUUUAUUUGUAGUAUUCUAAUAUCACUUAUUCUUACGAAACAGGUCCAUCAAAAAGGUCAUUGUCAGUCUUAAUACUUUGUAAAUUCCGUGGCCAGAUGGCUUAUGCCAUGAAGAAAUGUGCUCUUAUAAUUGCCAGGCCAUUAGGCAAUCUCUUCAGCAGGUGCUAUCGUGCAGUCAUUUUCCUAACUUGUUAGAAGAUUGCUAAUUUCUAACCCGUGCCUACGAAGGGUAACGCCACUAAUCCUGCUAAUCACCAUCCGAUUACAAUCUGUUUUGGAAGAACCAAACCACGGAAACCAUGGUCAAUUACUAUCUGGAAAGAUAUCUGCAAUCAAAUAAUCUAAUUCGCGGCAGACAAUGUGGGUUUAUGAAAAAUUGGUUCACUGGGUACCUAAUGUCCUACUUCACCAAAAUGUGGAUCCCAAUUAGUUGCCAUUUGGACGAAAGUACGGUCGUUGCGCUGAAUAUCUGAGAGAUAUUUGAUAGCGUGAUAUUUGUCAAAAUAAAGUUGAUUAUUGUGUUUAAAUGUGGAGGAACGUACAACCUGCGUUGCGUUGUGCGCGAACGCAAGUUUUUGGAAAACUUUUAAUAUUUCUGCGUGCGUAGCUAUGGCAUGUGUCAUAAUGUUUUUUUCUCCAAACUGUUUGGAUUUGGUGUCGAUCGGAAUUUCAGUCGAUUUAUAUUAAGCUUCUUAAAUAACAGUUCCAUAAGAGUUAUAAUCGACAAAUUUGUCCUAAGCAAAUUCCACUUAAUUGCGGAAGUACCACAAGCCUCUCUUCUCUUUCUUCUUCGCUUUUCCUUGUAAUCAUCAAUGACCUUCCACGCGUGACAGAAGUUCCUAUUCAUCCAUUCUCUUUUAGCAGGGGACCUAGCAGCACCGAAGUACAUGACAAACACUACGUGAUGAAUGACACAUGAAAUCGAGAACUUCAGAUCAUAGAGUGAAGUCAACCCAAUAAGGUAACCUUUAAUAUCAAUAUCGUACGAUACGCUACCGUGAGUUGUCUUUCUCUAACCGCACUGCUCGCCUUUGGAAUAGUCUAUCAAUAUUGGUCUUUUCCAUUGAUGCUUCCACUUUAAAGUCAAACGUAUAAACACUCCCUCCAUUCACUCUGCUUAUAGCCGUUCCUAACCUCCAUCAUGUCUGGGCGAACAGGCAACAUCCAUUGGAUGGUUGGCCAUAUAAGAAAAAAUUUAAUUUGUGAUACUUGUGUAAGUAACGGCCGACAAAUCUUUGCAAUUUAUAAAUUUAUAUUUGUGCAAAUUUAUAAUUACAUAAACUAGGAGCGUUUUCUAUAUUUCAUCUUAAAAAAAAUAGAAAAAUAAACACAGAAAUAUGUACAACUCUUAAACCAACACUAAAUAAUCUUUUAUAUGUGUUGAAAUUUAGGUUUUGGGAUUAGAGUGUACCUAUUCAAUGGCGCAAAAAAUUUUUUGGAGGUAAAUAUUCUGAUGCACAUUUUUGCAUCUUUUGCAGUUUUUUUAAUAUAUUCCAAUACUAUUUUCAAUCGGGAAAAUUUCUACCUAGCAAUUUUAGAUGCUUCAUACCUAAUCGUGUCUUUAAAAUCGAAAUUCAGAUUCGUUACAUCGACAUAAAUCCAUUUUAGUACUAUAACUUCGAUUUAUACCCGUUCCGCAAAAUUGGUUUAUCGAAAAUGCGGGUACAAAGUUUUGAUGUUCAAAGAGAUUUUUUGAAUGUUUGGAAUCAAUAGACAAGAAAUAACCCAGAGUCUCAAUAAUGCCUUUACUCCAUAAUAUUUUUUGUACUUACAGUCCGGAAUUACAAACCAGUGGGUAAAAUUAAUAGACACUUAUUGUGUCCGUUGUUGACAGAUAUAUUAAAAAUAAUGAUCUAUCGCUGUGAAUGAUUAUAACGUUUAUGUAAUCCAUUAAAAAUUACCCCUAGUAAUGUAAUAACUCUCAAAGUUUAAUCGAAAUUCUUAUAUUUUAAGUAACUAAAAAUG